AUCCACACGAGAGAGUCAGACACGCAAUCACAGUGUAGCAAAAAUUACAGGCACAAUUUGCGUAGAAACCAUUUAUUUCUGCCCCCUUUAACGCGAGAGGCAAAGGGAGAUUAAUCUGAACACAGAGGAAAGCAACGCGUGGCUUUUCUUUUCAGGAUAAAAGAACAGAAACACUCAGUUUUUUCUUCUCUUCUUCCUGUCCUACCCUUUGUGUUUGUCCCACAGUGGCCUCCAGCACAGGGGAUUUCGCUUAGUGGUCGGAGAUCAAGAGAGAGCGCCUGCUUCCUUUAGUCUCUCAGCCCACUCUCGGUGGCCUUGGAUCCCCCACAGAAAGAGUCUAAUGCUUGUGGAGAAUGAGUCCUGCCCUGGAAGCCAUCAUGCAGGCGGAGCAGCAGAGAUAUUCCAGCAAAGGGGUCCUGCUUGAGCCCUUCGUGCACCAGGUUGGGGGCCACUCUUGCGUGCUCCGUUUCGGGGAGCAGACCAUCUGCAAGCCCCUGAUCCCCCGGGAGCACCAGUUUUAUAAGAGCCUCCCGGCUGAGAUGAGGAAGUUCACUCCGCAGUAUAAAGGUGUGGUGUCAGUCAGCUUCGAAGAGGACGAGGAGGGAAACCUGUGCCUCAUCGCCUACCCUCUGCACAGCGAGCCGGGGGACCUGGAGAACGUGGACCCCUCGGCCGACUGCGAGCCCAAGAACAAGAUGCUGAAGUGGGGCAACAAGAAGGCCUCGGCCCUGCUGCUGGAGAACGACAAGUUCGGCAAGGAGAGGGCCAGGCAGCUGCGCAAGGAGGAGAGGAUCAAGAGUCACAACCGCGAGGAGCUGCAGCAGGCCGAGGUGCUGUACUACAGCCUGGAGAAGGGCAACGUGGUGCCGCAGAUCAAGCACAACCCCUGGAGCCUCAAGUGCCACCAGCAGCACCUCCAGAGAAUGAAGGAGAACUCCAAACACCGCAACCAGCACAAAUUCAUCCUGCUGGAGAAUCUGACAUGGCGAUACACGAUGCCCUGCGUGCUGGACCUGAAGAUGGGCACCCGGCAGCACGGGGACGACGCCACCGAGGAGAAGAAGGCCAACCAGAUCCGCAAGUGCCAGCAGAGCACAUCGGCCUCCAUCGGGGUGCGGCUCUGCGGCAUGCAGGUGUACCAGCCUGAAUCAGGCCAGCUCAUGUUCAUGAACAAGUACCAGGGGCGCAAGCUGACGCUGUCAGGCUUCAAGGAGGCGCUGUACCGCUUCUUCCACGACGGGCGGCGGCUGCGGCGGGAGCUGCUGUCGCCGGUGCUGCGGCGACUGCGCGAGAUGCAGGCCGUGCUGGAGGCCUGCGAGUCGUACCGCUUCUACUCCAGCUCGCUGCUCAUCAUCUACGACGGCGAGCCGCUGCGGGGCCGGCGCCCGCGCCACCGCGGCGGCGAGGAGGGCGAGGACGACGAGCUCUCGGAGGAAGACGAGGAGGAGGAGGAGGAGGAAGAGGCGGAGGACGACGAGGAAGGCCGGGGCGCCUUCGGGUACCCGUGCGGCGGGGGGGCGGCGGCCGGCGGGAGCGGCGUGGGCGUGGCCGGCAGGACCCCCGGCGGCGAGGGCGGCCCCGCGGUGGACGUGCGCAUGAUCGACUUCGCCCACACCACCUGCCGCCACUACGGCGAGGACAGCGUGGUGCACGAGGGCCAGGACAGCGGCUACAUCUUCGGCCUCCAGAACCUCAUCACCAUCAUUUCACAACUGGAGGACCACGGUGCGGACUAGGCCAGUCUCUGGCUCUGAACUGAAUUAGGCUCCAGCUCAAGCCCGCUCCAUGUGUGCGUACACAUACCACGGAGACCCUGCCUUCCCCUGAGGGGGGGCACGUGCGGCCAGCGAGAGUGUUUGGAAGGGCGGUGGGAGACGUCCCUUCACCCGGCGCCCGACCGAAAGGGACAGAGCCGCUCGCGCUCUGCCGGCUCUCCGGUUUCUGUGACAGCGCUGUCGCUGCUCCCUGUGUGUGAGGGACGGCGGCGGCGGCGGCGGCGCUUCGGUAAGAAGCGGCCUUUUCACCCGUUUACUGAGUCGGAGCCUGCUGCCUUUCCUCCACCGUUACAAGUUUCUGUUCCCUUUUUACAAAAUGACGGAAGUGAAGUCAAGUAGCAGACGAAACUUGAACUGCAGAAUUAAAAGGAAGAAAGCAGUCAGGACUCCUUAGCCCCCCCCAGUGCCACAUGAGCCUCCGCACAAGCGGGCGAAUCUGUAGCAAGUGGUGGCUGGGAGGAGGGGUUUCUCUGUCGGACAUUUCACAUCCAUGUUUCAGCCCUCUCCCGGCAAAGCACAGGAGCAUAAAUCCUGCCAUAUGUUCUGGGGAGGGGGGCCUUGAAUGAGAGACCAAGAGAAACUGUUGGACUUAAAGGAGGAGAAAGAUGGACACAAAACUGAUGAAUGGGUGAAGAGGGUGAGGAGUGGGAGUGUGAUGUUUAUUUUUGGGAGAGGGGAUGGCAUUGUCACACUUUAUUUUUCCUGAUGCACUGUCCCACUCUGACCCACCCUUCCUCUUUCCUGCAAUGGUGACAAAAUAUAUACAGAUAAAUAAUCAAACUAUAGAGACUAUACAGAUAUUUAUUUAUUUGACAUCUUUCUUACACUAAGAUUGAAGACCACAUUCCAUAUUGCUGUCAUUCAUGUUAUAAUAAUAAGAAAAAUAAUGAUGAGUAUUGUUAUUUGACAUGUUCAGAUAGAGCUAUCUUAUACACCUGUGUGUUGGCAGUAUGUUUGAAGAAAAAUAAAGAGGACUUUUGUUUGUGGUAAAUGACCUUCUUUGU